AUGCGUGUGUUGGAUUGGGUUGGGGAGAGGAGGGGAGAAGUGGAGUCGAGGAGGGACGGGGUCGAACUCACUCGGCUGGCGAUUGAACCCCGCUUGAGGUUGCAGGCCACGCCUGCUGCUGCCCUGCCUGGAGCACCACCUAACUACCUACCGUACCGUAGCCAGCGCCAAGAUGCUCCGCUCAACGCUCUCCGGAACCAUGGCGAUUAUUACCAAAUGAUGCGAGAUGAGCACAGUGGUGUCAGACGCACGAAGGCACACGGCCAGAGCACCCCCUUCCAAUCCACGCGGCGGUGGCUGCUGGCUGCUGGCCGCUGGCGGCAUCGCGCGCGCCGUGACUCCAACCCAGCCCGGGUUUCAGCAGCAGCAGCCAGCAGCACUGGCCUCGCUUGGACGCUUGCGGGACGGCUUCGAAACCAUCAAGUAACUACUAUUAAGGAAGGGCAACUAGUGGCAAUCACCAACUUUCACCGGCCGCAGCUACCACCACAUGGCCAAGGUGUAGUGAUACUGCAAGUUGACAAAACGUGGAAAAGAAUGAAAACGCGGAGCUUUCCCCCUUGGCCUGGGCAAAAGGAAAUAGAAGAAAAGACAGAACAGCACGCCUCGUCUCUGCAUCGGACGCACCCAGUGAACCGCGCCAUCAUGAAGCCCACGACUGUUCUCGCCACAUUCGCCGCGCUUGUCCUCGGCUCGCCCUCGCCCGCCCCCGCCCAGUCGAGCCGCCGCGCUCAGCAGCCCGUCGAAUUCAACAUCCACGACCAAGGCUUCACUAAAAUCGUCUGCAGCAGAUUCCCGUUCACGCUGAACUCGGAGAGGUUCGAAAAUGCCAGGUCCAAAAACAUUGAAUACUUCGAGACUGCACACAAGUCCAAGCCGGUGCUGGAGCCGGGCAAGUGUGAGAGAGUUGGUUGCUGGGACCACAUCGGAACGUGGUGGUGCAACGAGGUGAGUUCUCCCGCCGCCGCCUCCAAGGAGCAGAAAAACCCCGACUCCUGGAAAGAUGUUGUCAAAGCCCUGAAGGCGAUCCCCGAGGUCGCCAAGAAGAAAUGUCUUGCCUGGAACUACCGAGACUUUGGGUUUCAGAUAUUCCACGAAAGCGGAUGGAGCGUCAUGAUCGGCUAUGACAGCAAAGACCUGUUAGUGAGCCGCGGCUGUGAGAAGAGAGAAGGUCGGCUGUGA